CAAUGGUGGCCUGUGGGGUUGGGGGGAUCGAUAUUGAUGGUCGUGAUGAUGGUGGUGGUGGCCCUAGUGAUAUGGAGGUUCGUGUUGAUGGGUCGAGUAGGUGCCUAUGAUGUACCCAGGAGGAUGAGGCGGUGAUGGUGGUGUGGGCGCUCUUGGGUAGGUACACGCUUUCUCUUUCUCUUUCCUUUCCUCCUUCUCCCUCUCCCUCUCCUCUUCUCCCCUAUCUACGCGCCCAAUCAGUCAAUCAGUCACUCACUCCUUUGUCUUUCAUCAUUCGUUUACAGUCACAGUUACUGCUACCACCACCUGCCGCCGCUGCUCAUUUAGAUUCGCGCCCGUGCUCACACUGCGCUCAUACCAUCAUGCUAUGUCAUGUUACGUCAUUCAUGGAGAGGGAGGUUGGUCUGUUCUGAGAGUUGCUAAUGGGAACGGGUGUGGUGGUGGUGACAGGAGUGAGUGAGUGCGUCUGGAUGUUUGGGUGCAGGGAAGU